UUUUGCAUAACCAUGGACGGUUCCUUUAAAUUAAGAGCCGUUACAUUAACCCUUUUCCUUGUGUUUCUCACUUUGGCAGCUAUUGAUCCUAAGUUCUGCUAUGGAAACUCUGAGAUUCAUUGCAUCCAAAGUGAGCAACAGGCCCUUCUCAGAUUCAAGCAAGAUCUUACUGAUCCUUUAAACCGGCUUGCCUCUUGGGCUGGUGAUGGGGAUUGUUGUCAGUGGAAGGGAGUUGUCUGCAACAAUGUUACUGGUCACGUCCAAGAACUCCAUCUCAGAAGCUUUCCUCCUCCUGAGCUUGAAUACUUUUCAAUUGAAGCCCAUUAUGAAGCUGCUAUUCAAUCUUAUGCACAGACAAUGUUUGGUGGUAAGAUAAAUCCUUCCCUACUUGAUUUGAAGCAUUUGUUUUACCUGGACUUGAGCUACAAUAAUUUUGGUCUAUUUCCAAUUCCUGAAUUCCUCGGUUCCAUGAAGAGUUUAAAAUAUCUUAAUCUCUUCAGUGCGGGAUCUGGGGAAUUGAUACCUCCUCAAAUUGGAAAUCUCUCAGAUUUGCACUAUCUUAAUCUUGGAGGCUUUGGCUAUAAUUUUUUAUCUGUCAAUAACCUUCAUUGGCUUUCUAGUCUUCCUUUGCUACAAGUGCUAGAUUUGAGUGGUGUAGACCUUAGCCAAGCCUCUGAUUUGCUUCAGGUGACAAACAAAAUCACUUCCUUGUCAGAGUUGUGGUUACACUACAAAACGCGGAGGCCUUAG